AGUACAAAGAAAAAGUCUACAUGUUUAGCCAGGAAAGUGGCGUCCGGAUGUUGCCAUGUUGACGUGUGAUUUUUGCAGCCGUAUGUUGUGACGAACGGCAGAAUACCGCUUCUAAACGGAACAUUGCAACCAGGUAGCUAACACCAUGGCUGUGGUACAGAGGGCGGUGAUACUUCCUGUGAUCAUCCUAUGUUUCACCAUGAACAUCUCUGACGCCGUAAACAGCACCAGUCCCAGUCCUACAACAGCAGACCUAACGACAACGGCAGGAACAACAGGCUCGGGGACUCAGGUAGCGACGACGUCGCCAGACCCGCCAGAGAUGCACUCGAUGAGAGAUUUCUACGCUAUUCUGGAGACCUACGACAGGAGGAUCCGCCCUAAUGAUCAAGGUCCGGGAGUUCACGUGUUGAUGCAGAUGUACGUGGAGAGCAUCGCUUCCAUCUCCGAGAUAUCCAUGGACUACGUCAUCACGUUCUACUUCCGGAUGUGGUGGAACGACCCGCGGUUCCGGUUCACGCCGACGCAGCCGAACCAGACGGCCCAGCUGCACGUGGCGGCCCGCAGCCUGGUCUGGACGCCCGACAUCUACUUCCUGAACGAGAAGGACGCCGGGUACCGCGCCUCCAGCGCCUUCACUAGCCUGCUCUGGGUCUGGCCAAACGGCGACGUCCUCUCCAGCCAGAAGAAGACGCUGAAGAACUCCUGUCCGAUGGAUUUCCGCAUGUACCCGUUCGAUGCUCAGUUCUGCAAGAUUCAACUGGGACCAUACGGUAUGACAACGGAUGACCUGAUCAUAGAGUGGAAGGAGCCGGCAGUGGAGACCAAUCCUGGCAUAGAGCUGCCGGAGUACGUCAUUGAUGGCUGGACAUGGAAGGGCUGUGGCGGGAACUACUCUAUAGGUGAAUUCGGCUGUAACCAAGCCACUUUCAAGUUGGUUCGGAGUGUCGGGUACUACAUAACACAAACAUAUGUGCCCAGCGCCCUGAUCGUGGCCCUGUCGUGGCUGACGUUCUGGAUCAGUCCUCUCCAGGCGCCGGCCCGGGUCGCGCUCGGCAUCACCACCGUCCUCACCUCCACCACGCUCACCUCGGCAACACGGAGCUCCAUUCCCAGGUUUUCCUACAUCCGUGCUAUCGACAUCUGGAUGCUGGUGUGCACGAUCUACGUGUUCACGGCGCUGGUGGAGUUCGCCGCCGCGCACCACUUCUCCCGCAGGAAACAGGAGAGCGCCAUGUCCGCUCAGAUGUACAAGAACAAGGACGCAUUCGCGGUAAACGGUGUCCUGAAGGUUCACCCCUUCAACAAAGAGAAUGGAGAAGUCGUCGCCGAUAACAACAAAGACAAUGAGAAGAACGCUGAGAAUGACGAGGACUUUGAUGAGGACGUGGCUCAGGCCAUGGCGGAGAGCGACGAGCGGGGACAGAUGAUCGCAGCCAAGAUCGACCUGGUGUCCAAGAUCUUCUUUCCCGCGACUUUCAUCUUAUUCAACAUCAUCUACUGGGCGGUGUAUAUGGGCAGUUACGAAGGAAAGGUGUAAAGUUGGGAAUCAUUUGCCCUGGCACAUGCAGAAUGUACAUUUUGUACAUUCAGGCAGAAUCGUGAAACUAUAACUGACAUGGCAAGAGCUUGAAUUAUAUCAUUAUGAAGGAAAUGUGUAAAAUUAAUAAAGUUUGCCCAUGUACAUGAAGAAUGUAGAUUUGUACAGACAAAAUCCUGAAACUAUAAUUGGCAUGGCAAGAGCUUCGACUAUAUCUGUACUUAAGAAGAAAAGGUGUAAAAUUUGCCCAAGAUUCUGUACAGAUAGAGUCCUGAAACUACAUCAUGUACAUAAGUUUACAUGACAAGAGCACCGAAUCAUAGCUAGACGAACAGUGUAUAUAAUGUACCAUGCAUUUUCAUAGGCUGGUAUCCACAUCUACUAUUUGCUGGGACUUCGAAAGAGAUUUGACAGUUAAAAUACUAGUACUACUAGGUUUGGAUACCAGGUUGUCGAUGGCGUCUUGAGCAAAAUAUGCACUAAAGCCUGUUGAUACACAGGCUGCACUUUGUGUUUUAUCACUGUAAUAUAUCGUGCUACUGUAUACAUGUACUGUACUUGUGCAUAAGGAAUAAAAUAUAUGGUUGCAUGAGAGCAGGCAAAGUUCACUGGGUAACAAUUAAGUAAAAGCAACACAUGGAUAAUGUCUUCACAGCAAUAACAUUACUGGAUUUGUGGGAGUAGGAUAUCGAUGUGACACGAUUUUGCUACUGCUAUAUAGAGUCAGAAUCUUCAGUAUUCAUAUCUUCAUAGUCACUGGAGAGUGUAAAUGCGUAUAUAGAUAUCAUGGUCUCUCAAGAGUCAAUGGAUGGAGAGCUCUAUAGCUACUGGAAUUGGUCCAAAUCUAAUAAAAUUGAUUGAA